AUGAUGAUCCCGACGGAGCUGACGACAUUCAUGGCCCACGCGCCCACGUCAGACACCGCCGACGCCGGCGAUUUCUUCUCCCUUUCCAUUCCCGAUUCCUUAUACCUCCCUUCCUACCUCGCUCGCCACAAACCCACUCGCAAAAUUGCCUCUUUUUUUCACCGGCCGACGAUCAACAGAUCUCCCACGGACGCCGCCGGCUCGCGCUGCGCAAAAGAAAACGAGAGACAAUGGGGUUCACACACACUCGAGACGGACCGCAAAACCGGGAUUCGGGCGGCGAAUGGCGGUGCCGACGAUGAGAUAUAUAUACAGUUGAAUUCGAGUUAG